GAUUCUCGCCUCCACACCCUCCGUGUCGCUUGUGUCUUUCUGCACCAACAAAAAGGUCGCUGCGCACUCAGGCUCUUCAGCAAAUAAUCAUCAUGGCCGGCCACGACGCGUCCGUCAACAUCCGUGUUUCGCUGCUCACGGCGCAGAUACUGGAGUAUUGGGGCGUGUGCCAUGCGAAGCUCGCGAGAUCGAAAGCACGAAAAGCCGCAGUACCGCUUGCAUAUGUACCGCAAGUCUCCGGCGCUCUGCAGAUAAUAGAACCGCGCACGUUGUCCAGGCCACAGGCUCCGGCGAGCCGCAAAUCGUCCCUGCAGUCGAUACAGUCUAACCUCCACGACAAGGCAGCGGCAACGUGCCUAGUGCAGAACGUCAGCGUGCUAUCACAAAGUCAUGAUGUGCCUCAGUGGCGCCCCGAUCAAACGCCAGACUGGGCCUUGGGAGGAGAAGACUCGCCCCGAUGUUCCUUUGAAUCCCACCAGAGUGUGACGAGUCAAGUGGACUUUUCGAUCGAGAAACCCAAAGAUUAUAUCAACUUAAGCGACCUCAUGGACAGUGCCACCAUGUUGGUGGGGUUUGGGAGUCGGGAUGUGGGCAGCAGCAGCAACAGUAGCAGCAGCAGGAGAGGGUCGAGCGUGUCGACGCCAUCUCGGGCGAGCAGCAUACGAGAAGUGGAGUCGAGUGCUGGUCGGCGAUAGUGUUCUAGUAUGGGUGUAAGGUAUGGGGAUGGAGGCGCACAGUUCUGGAUCUGGCCUCUGGGUGCAAUGAUACCAUUUGAACAGUUUGAUGGGUUUUUUGUUUUCUGCGAAGCUGAUACCAAGAAGUACCGGGGGAUAUAUGUCGCGAAUGGCGAUCAGACGAGUCUGUAAUCUUCUGUACGACUACCUAUGGAUGAGGGAUGGACAGGAG